UUUCUAGUUUUUUUUUCAGGGAACCACUUGGGUAUUUUAUGGUUUAGUCACUGUUUUUACUACAUAUCAAAAUUGUUGGUUGGUAUCUACAAAUAUCUGUCUGCAAUUGUUGCCGCUCAACUAUUCUAUUUUUUGACUAUUUUUGCCUUUUAAAUUUUAUUUUUAGUUUUUUUUUUAAAAACUGAUAUUAUAAUUUACAUUCCAAUCAAAACUCAAUUUAUUUCACCUAAGAAAAAAGUGCUUUGUACUUAAUAAAUUGCGCAUUUUAAUUCUAUUGUUUAAAAAAUAUUUUGUAUUCUAUUGAAAUAUUUGAAAGAUUUUAUCUUAAAAAAUUUUUAUUUCAGCUAGAUUUGACAGGCAAAAUGAACAAAAAACCGUUAAAAUACAAAUCUUAUGAUGAGUUGAAAUUUUGUUCAGAACUAGACCCAAAGUUUAUCUACCAAUUGAAGCUUCUUGACUCGUACAGGUGUUACAAACAUUUUACUCAAAUCGAAAAUCAAGCUCGUUUGGCAGAACUAGAAGGAAAUGAUGAAGAAGCUUAUAUUUGUUACCAGCGAGCAUUGGAAUUGUACCAACUUAUAUUUGAUAAAAAGGACAAGGUUUUUAUGCAGGGAAAGAAUGGCAGAGAUUUCUACCAUAAAGCAAAGGAUAUGUUUACUUCAAUUGAAUUACUUACAGAAAAUCUAAAAUUGCGUUAUGAUGCGUUGUUAGCAGUUGAGAGGAAUAAAAAUAAUUUUAGAGAAGAGCCUAAUUUGAAUGAUUCACAACAAGAUUUUCUUGAAUUAUUCAUUAAACCAACCUCUUUGCUCAAUUAUGUUGAAGAGAAUAAUGCUAGUAUUUUAAUUUUGGAUUACAGAGAAAACAAAAAUCAAAUAAUAAAAUGUGAUUUAAAUAUUGGAGAAAUUAAUGUUGUGCAAUUAGAACCUUCAACUAUCGUUUUGGGAAGUCUACUUCAUUGUAUAACAAAAACAUUGGAUAUAAGUGUUCGACCAUAUUUGGAAAAAAUUUCACAAUUUGAUUUGGUAAUACUUUUGGGCGAUCUAGAUGAUAUAACUAACCUAAAUGGAACAAAAACAAAAAUUUUAUACGAGGCUUUGACAACGUAUAAUCGAACAAAUCGUUUAAAACAUCCCCCAGUAAUUUUGGAAGAUGGUUUUAGAGGAUGGGAAUUGUCAUAUCCAUGUUAUACUGUCUCAACAAAAAAUGUCCCUGUAUUUGAGAAGACAUUUGAUGAACAAUUUUCUGUUUGGAUGGAAGAAUCUAAAAGAGUUAAUCGUCUAAACAUUACUUAUCCAAAUUUGUCCAAACUUUUUGACGUUAAAAAGACUGAUUUUAAUGAUGAGCUCGAAGUUCCGUCAAGCACAAAAUUUAAAACUUCAUUAUCUUUUGCUGAUAAACUUACUCCGAAAAGAGUAUUUACUGAUGAUGAACGAAGGACAGACAAUUCGAUCAAAGCUCAAUUUUCUCUUGAUUCAAGACCCGAAACUGCGUCAACAAAUAAGAAGAUGCCCCUUAUUGAUAGAUCCAAGAAGCCUGCUCUUCCCACAAUGCCGAUAGAUUCAAUGGAAAAUGACAACAAAUUUGCUGUUGAUGACCGCUCAAUUCGUGACAAGGAGAAUCUUGAUCUUGGACGAAUAAAUAAUAAGAGGUUCGCACAUCCCCAAGUCUUAGGUGGUGCCCGUAUUGCCAGUGCUGGACCUUCAGUGGCAGCAACUGUCGUCCCAGUACAUUCAACACAACCUAUCCCAGUUCAACAGCCUUCAAGACCAACAACACCAGAUCGUUCAACUAAAAAAGGAAUUCUUCAACAAUCUCAACAAAUUGAGCCUUCUGCUUACUUUUCAAGCGUUUACAAAUUUUCUCUGGCAAGAAUAAUGGAAGAUUCUGCAUAUAAACGAAUGAAAAUUAAACCUGGCCAUACUGGUUUAGUGAACAUGGGGAAUACUUGCUUCAUGAAUGCUACUCUUCAAGCACUCUUUCAUACACCAAUCUUUUCUCAAUUGUUUAGAGGACAUUGUGUAGCCAAUUGCAUCAACACGAAAAAUUCUUUGGGAACUAAAGGAAUUAUUUCUGGUUGUUUCUCUGCAUUAAUUGAUAUUGCAUGGUCUGGUGAAUAUUCUUCAAUUCGGCCAUUCAUUUUUCUGGAUAUGUUUGCAAAAAGAGUAAAUUCAACAUUAGCAGAUAGACAGCAACACGAUGCACAAGAAUUUCAAAUUUAUUUAUUGGAUGCUUUACAUGAAGAUACUAACAGAGUAGACAAAAGGCGUCCUUUUGAACAAAAUUAUGAUGGCUCAAAUUUAAUGGCUAGUGCAGAAGAUUAUAUUAAACAAUCUAGACAUUUUUCUUCAUCUCCUGUUAAUGAUAUUUUCAAUUUGUUGACUGUUUCUGUUCUUCAAUGUAAAUCAUGUUCUACACGAAGUGCUUGUUUUGAAGGAUUAAAUCAAAUUAGUGUUGAACUCCCUCAUAAUAAUUUGGAAUCUGGAAGAAUUUUUAGACUAAAAGAAUGUCUAAAUACACACUUUUCUACCACGACCCUAGACACACCUUGGGAUUGCCCUUGUUGUAAAUCUAAACAAACAGCAACACGAACAACAAAAAUUUGGAGUUUACCAAAAAUAUUAAUAAUUCAUUUGAAAAGAUUUUCUUUCAAUUCGGGACGUUUUGUUAAAAAUGAAGUUGAUGUACAUUUUGAUAUUGAAAAUUUUGAUUUGGCUCCAUAUACUCAUCCAAAAUCAACAUUUUUACCAAAUAAAGUUGAAUAUAAUUUGUUUGCUGUAACGAACCAUACGGGUACACUUAAUAGUGGACAUUAUACAUCAAAUGUAAAAAAUCUUCAAAAUGAAAAUGAAUGGUUACAUUUUGAUGAUGAAAAUUGUACAAGAAUUAGAAAUAUUUCUUCAAUUGUGACAAAACAUGCAUUUCUUCUUUAUUAUGUACUUGGAAAUUCAGAUGAUGGAAAAAAUGAUUUAUUAUAGGCCCAAAUUGAAUUUUAAAAAAAUGAAAGAGAAAUUUUAUUUUAGGAUGGAGAUUAUUAUUAUUUUAUUUUC